AUUGUGAUUGAAAAGUUAACCAAAAAUGUCACUGCGGCUCAUCUACGGGAAAUAUUUGGUAGCUUCGGAGAUAUUCAAUAUGUUGACCUGCCCAUGAACAGAGCUUUCAUGACAAACAGAGGAACAGCGUAUAUCUUGUAUUAUGACCCUGCAGAUGCCGAAGCGGCAAUUGCUCAUAUGCACGAAGCUCAGCUUGAUGGCGCUACAUUGAAUGUAUCUAUAGUUCUCCCCAGGCGGGCAUUUUCACGUUCACCGCGG